CAACACGGUUGCAGCACCCCGCGCACCGAGCAACAUUAUUUAUAUUUUUUAUUUCUAAUAAGUCAGUAGGUGCCGGUAGUUCAUCAAGGAGCAAAAUCUUACGCUGAAAAUCAGUUAUUUAAUUGUGAAUCUCAUCGAACACCUGUGCACUGAGCAGUUGUUGCUGUUGCCUCGUAAUAUGCCUGAUCGGCCGUUGCCGUCACGCAAAAAAAAAUCCUGUUGAGCUAUUUCUAGUCAACCUCAACGUGAACGCAAACUGAUGGCGACAUCGGACUUUGUACUGGGCGGCCUGGCCUCUGUGGGCGCCACGCUUUUUACCAAUCCCAUAGAGGUUAUCAAGACGCGCAUACAGCUGCAGGGCGAGCUGGCGGCUCGAGGAUCCUAUGUGGAGCCUUAUAAAGGCGUCCUACGGGCGUUUAUCACAGUCGCCAAAAAUGACGGAAUGAGGGGCCUGCAGAAGGGCCUGACACCCGCGCUCUACUUUCAGUUCAUCAUCAACUCCUUUAGGCUGAGCAUUUACACAAAAGCGAUGAACAUGCAUUGGAUGCACGAUAAGAAGGGCGACGUCUCCUUUGGCUUGGGUCUGGUGUGGGGUGCAGUGGGCGGCAUUGUUGGCUCCUACUUUUCUAGUCCGUUUUUCAUGAUUAAAACGCAGCUACAGUCGCAGGCUGUCAGAGAGAUUGCCGUUGGCCAUCAGCACGCCCAUAAAUCGAUGAGCGGCGCGUUCCGGGAGAUUUAUAGCACAGGCGGCAUUGCAGGUCUAUGGCGUGGCUCCCUGGCCGCACUGCCCAGAGCCGCUGUGGGCUCCGGCGCCCAGAUAGCCACCUUCGGGAAGACAAAGACGCUGCUGGUGGAAUACGAUUUGGUCACUCAGCCCACAUUGAACUCGUUCUGUUCGGGACUGAUUGCCGGAUCAAUUAUGUCCGUAGCGAUUACGCCGCCGGAUGUGAUUAGUACGCGUAUGUAUAAUCAGGGCAUCGAUGCGCAGGGUCAGGGCCUUAAGUACAAGGGCUGGCUGGAUUGUUGCAUAAAGAUCCUUCGUACCGAGGGCAUAUAUGGUAUGUAUAAGGGAUUUUGGCCCAACUAUCUGCGUAUCGCACCACACUCCACUUUAGUCCUGAUGUUCUUUGACGAACUGCUCGACCUGCGAGAGAAAUAUACACCUAAAUUAGUGCACUCUUCCUAGUGCUGUUCUAGUCUUUCUUGUCUAACGCUAAGUACAAAUUUGUAUAAUUGUUGCUAGUUUUGUGAAAACAAAAAGAAAAUGACCAAAAUUGCUCCAUUCCCAGU